AUGUCCAAACUCGCAUCGACCUUCUCGCGCCUCGUGCGCUUCCACCCCAAAUCAAACCCCAGCUCGAUCCUAAUCGGCGAGCCCGUAAACCCCACCCUCGACGUCGGCCUCGCCGUGCUAUCUGGCACCGACGUCCCGGUAACCCUGUUCUCCGGGUCCUCGAUCCUGUCGCCCGGGUCGAAAACAGACAAGACCGAGAGCAUCCUGCGCCUUCUCUCGCCCUUGUCAAAGCACGAAGUCGGCACAAUCCGCUGCAUCGGCCUGAACUACGUCUCGCACGCGCGCGAAAUGAACCUCGAUAUCCCGACGGUGCCGACUCUCUUCCUGAAACCCCCUACCUCCCUGGGCGACCCGUACCCGACGGCCUCGACGAUCCUGCCGAAAAUCACGCAGGAAGAUGGCACCGGCGACUAUGAGUCGGAAAUGGCUAUUGUCAUUGGCGCGGACGCGAAGGAUGUGUCUGAAGCUGACGCGCUGGACUAUGUGCUUGGCUACACGGCCGCCAACGAUAUCUCGAGCCGGACAAGCCAGAUGAAUCAGAGCCAGUGGUGCUUUAGCAAGGGGUUUGAUGGGGCGUGUCCGUUGGGUCCUGUUGUCGUUAGCAAGGAUGUGCUUGGGGAGGAGGGGGUGUCUGGGUUGCGGAUCAGGGGGGUGAAGAAUGGGGUUGUGAUGCAGGAUUGUCAGCUGACGGAUCUGAUUUUCUCGGUGCCGAAGCUCGUGAGCUUUUUGAGUCAGGGGACGACGUUGCCCGCGGGCACGGUGAUUCUUACGGGGACGCCGCCGGGGGUUGGGGCGGCGAAGAGCCCGAAGGAGUUUUUGAAGGCUGGGGAUGAGUUUCGGGUGGAGCUUUUGCCUGGGGUUGGGACGUUGGUGAAUCGGAUUGAGAAUCAGGCGUAG